GCGCUACUCCCGUGAGGCUCCGCGGCAGCGGCAUUUAAACCCGCGGCGGCCGUUGGGGGAGCGCAUUUCUGGUUCCUUUUCAGAGGUGCUGGCGGCUCUGGAUCUUGGCAGCGGCAGGAUGAAGCCACAGGAAGACAGGUCGGUGCUGGGCAGCCCCGCGGUGGCCGUGGCGUUCUCGGGAGCUGUAUGCCGAGGCAGCGGCUACCGCUUCGCCUGCGAGCUCCUGAAGCACGUCCUGCACCAGCGGAACCAGCUCCCGCUCCCCUACGAGCAGCUCUCCUACUUCUGUCGGCGGGCGGCCCAGGAUGGAGAUGGAACUGACAAACCACUCUCCCUGGGCCUGGCAAGCAGAAAGUGCCAGCAGCUGCUGAUGGAGCUGGAGGGAUUGUUCCAACAUCUGGAAAUCAUAUUUAGUCUGACGCUGGUUCCUCGAGUUCUUUUCCUACUAGGAGGCAAUGUCAUGAACCCCAAGGAGCUUUAUGAGCUGAACUUGGAGGGGUUCUGCGAGGGAGCGGCUGAAGAGAGCCUCCAGACUGCACCCUGUGUUCGCCAGCUCUUCCACCGACUGUUUGUUGCUGAUGUCUUCAGUGAACUUAAGGCUCUCCCUAUCACAGGCACUCUUGUCCUGGUCCAGGGACACCGUGACUGUGGUGUUGAGUGGUUCCGGCCCAAGCUCAACUACCGAGUGCCAACCCGAGGGAGGAAGCUGACUGUUAAGGUGUCCUGUGAUGGAGACCUCCGUGUUAGUGCCUCACCUCCACAGCACACGGCAUCUGCUUGGGAGGACUAUAUCUGGUUCCAAGCACCAGUGACCCUCAAAGGCUUUAGUGAAUGAGUUGUUUCUGUAGAAAUUUAGUUGGAAUAGUCAUUACUGGUUUUUUUUUUAGGUGUUAAUUUUAGCAAAUGUAACUGUGUCUUUUUGAACCAUGUCUGUCUGAAUGUAUUUUUCUUCAUGGUGUCUGCUGCCUUCCUGUAGCUUGCUGUGCUCAUCUAUUGUCCUUAUUUCCUUAGUUGUUGUUGAAGGCAAAUCCAUUUUAAUGCACAGUUGCACACAGGUCCAGUGAUUCUUUAGGGACCUGAUCUGUGGCAUGGAAUGAAUUAAUGUGUUGGGAAUAAAACUCCCUUGCUGUGUUCUUGCUGAA